AUGGCAGGCUACAACUAUAGUGCAUUUAAUCGCAUUCCAGAAAGCGAUUUGGUCAGAAUUGGGUUCAGAGAAAGUGACUUUUUGGAGAAAGCACAUUGCCGCACUUGCAUUCAAAAAUCAGCAGCAACGUUGAUACCAUUCAUAGCUGGAUAUGUUUACUUCAAAGAAUUCCAACUUAAAUAUGGGCACUACCCUAUUUUAAGAGCUGCCCAUAUGCUGCAGAAUAUGGGACUUAGACAAGCCGUUCAUUGGGCUUUACCAGCUCUUGCUUUUACUGUUGGGUUUUGGUGGCUUGAACUCUCAUAUAAUAGAUGUGUGCUUGGAAUUCAAGGAGCAGAGCCUCUCCCUGAUCAGUUGAUAAAGAGAAAGUAA